GAGACUCGGCUCAGGUAGCCGAUAGUACACUGGGAGCUUAAAGCGCUCUGGGAAAUAUUGUGUAAUAAAAGUCUUUUUUUCUUCUUCUUCGACUUCAGUUUUUGUUAACUCAGUCACUUUUCUUUAAACUCUUUCCCGACUUAUUACGGAGACACGUGUAAGCAGACAUGGACUGGUAACAGAAUGUUUGAAGACUAGCCUCCAGUUUGUCUAAAAGAUAAUGGCGGCAGGGAUCUUGCACCAGCUUGUACAGUUUAAAACAAGAAGUUUUCUAUCCCGGCUCUAAAUGUGUGGCACUACUGCUAUGGAUUUUCAGAAGAGGUUUUCAAGAGGUUGCAGGCCUCUGCACCAGAGACUGACUCCGACCUAAGACUGGGGUGGGGGAAACUGAUAAGAGCCUCUUUCUUUGAACAUGCUUGCCAGUACUGGCACUUCAUCUGAUUUUAACUUUUUUAAAGUGUACAUAAAGACUUGAAAGUUGAAAAUGUUUGGCAGUACUGUGCUGGCAGCUGUGCUCUGCUUGCUACUGUGUGGAUUGAAUCGAAGGCUCGACGCCUCUGUGUUGAACUGCAUCCCCAGGAAAAGUGUGCUCCACCAAAGUGGCAGCAUUAAAACUUUUGAAGAGGAAGGAUUCUUCAAUUAUUCGACCAUGCUGGUUAGAGAAGACAUUAACACUCUGCUUGUGGGAGCCAGGGAAGCCGUGUAUGCCCUUAACAUGGAUGAUAUAUCUGAGAGAAUAUCUGCUGUUUACUGGCCAGUUCCGGAGAGCAAACAGCAAGAAUGUACGAACAAAGGAAAAAACAAAGCUACAGAAUGUCGGAACUACAUUCGUACCCUUAACAAAAUAGGUGAUGCCAAAAUGUAUGUUUGUGGGACAAAUGCCUUCAGUCCUACCUGUGCCUAUAUGACUUUCAAUAAAGGACAGUUGCUGCUUGAAAACAAUUCUGAAGAGAGUAAGGGCAAGUGUCCUUUUGACCCCUUCCAGAGGUACGCCUCAGUUAUGGUUGAAGGUGAUCUCUACGCUGCAACUUCCAUCAAUUUCCUGGGCUCAGAACCAGUGUUCAUACGCAAUUCAGGAAACUCCCUCAGGACCGAAUUCAAGGCCUCCUGGCUCAAUGAACCCAACUUCAUUUACAUGGACAUGGUGAAGGAGAGCCAGAAUAACGCAGUUGGAGACGAUGAUAAAGUGUACCUGUUCUUCAGUGAAACUGCUGUGGAGUACGACUUCUACAACAAGCUGCUGGUGUCCAGGGUUGCUCGUGUGUGCAAGGGUGAUCUAGGAGGCCAGAGGACGCUGCAGAAGAAAUGGACGACCUUCUUAAAAGCCAGCCUGGUCUGUUCUGUCCUGGAGCUGAACCUGCAGCUCAUCAUCCAGGACAUGUUUGUAUUGAAGUCGAAGGACUGGAGAGAGACCAUCUUCUAUGGCGUGUUCAUCCCGCAGUCGGGAGCGUUGGACAUCUCUGCAGUGUGUGCGUACACCAUGACCACGGUUCAGGAUGUUUUCUCCAAGGGAAAAUACAAAGCUCCCGUCACAGUGGAGUCCUCUCAUGUGAAAUGGGUGAUGUACAGCGGGGAGGUGCCUGUGCCCAGGCCUGGGGCAUGUAUUAAUAACCAGGCAAGAGCUAUGGGUAUCAACCGCUCCCUCGACCUGCCUGACAAAACGUUGCAGUUUGUAAGAGACCAUCCUUUGAUGGAUGAUUCAGUGACCCCCAUCGGUGGCCAGCCCAGACUGGUGAAGAGGGGGUCCCGGUUCAGCAGGAUCGUAGUGGACAGAGUCACAGCACUGGAUGGCAAAGCAUACGACGUCAUGUUCAUCGGAACAGAGAAUGGGUUCCUGCAGAAAGCUGUGAACUUUGACAGGGAGAUGUUUAUUAUUGAAGAGGUCCAGCUUUUUCAACCACCUGAGCCAGUCCAGAGUCUUACUCUUUCUUCUAAAAAGGGUCAGGUCUAUGCCGGGUCCUUGUCCCGCGUAGUGCAGAUGCCUUUCUCUGUGUGCAGACGGUACGAGACGUGUCUGGAUUGUGUGCUAGCAAGGGAUCCAUACUGUGCAUGGGACCUGGCUGUGAAUCAGUGUGCUGCUAUCGCUGAUAGGACUGCUGAUCCACAGAACUUGAUCCAGAGUGUAGAAAAAGGAGAUGCCUCUAGCUGCCCAGAGCUCGGAAACAUCAAAACAAAAAAGCGCACAUUUAUUCCUGGGACUAACGUUCAGCUCAAAUGCAGCCCCAUGUCAAACCUGGCGCAAAUCCACUGGACUCUGAACGGGAGCUCCAUUCAGCUGAGGAACUCGAAGUACUACGCCUACGACGGCGGGAUUCUUCUGUUCAAUGUGGCAGUAGCGGACGCGGGACAGUACACCUGUCAGUCUUUGGAGCAAGCGAAUGGGAAGCAAUACCAGCUGACGAUGGCCGUUUACAACUUAGAACCAGAGCAGAGCGAGGGGCAGAACACUGAGAUUUCAGUGACCACCCAGUCCCCCGGAAUCACCAGUGUCACGUCCACGGCGCCAAUAGUUCCAGACGUAUGGAACCCGAAAAUAAUGCUGCAGACGGACGACAAAACUGUGCUGGUUUGGAAGAUUUUAGUUGGCAUUUUAGCAUGCCUGCUGGUUUGUUUGCUGACUUGGAACUUGUGCAAGGGACACUUGCCGCUGCCUUGCGUGAAGCUGAAGAAGGAGCCGUCGGCCGCUACGCCGAGGAUGGUGCAGACCGGCGGUGUGGACACCACAGUGCACCAGGUCUCCUUCAAUGCCGGAGGAACCUUUGAGGCAUCCCCUCUGGUUAAUAACUGCCAGACGGGAAUGGGUGUGAACAGAAGGGUUACCAACAACAAUAACGCUGGUCGACAACGCAAGGACCAUGUGGACUCUUUCAUUGUACCUUCAAUGUUAUUGGGAGUGGAUGACUUCAAAUAUAUUGAUGAGGAAUCUGAAAUUUGAUUGGGUUUGUUUUUUUUUUUUUGUUUUUUUACUAAGGCAGCUAACUUUUUUUUCUCCUUGAUUUCUUAUUUGGUACUUCCCAAAAGUUUUUUUUUUUUUUUUUAAUUAAUGUUUUUAAAUUCUGUUGGCUGUCCAAGUGAUGAUAUUGCCUUGUAUUUUAGAUCAGCAAUGUGUUGGUUUUAAUGUUCAGGAUAGUUUCAUUGGACGACCUAAAAUGUUACUGAAAACAAAUCUGAUCGCUUGCAGUUGUGACUGUUGAAUUUUUUUUUCUUUGAUUUUGAUUGUGCAUCAUGUGGUGCCUCAUAACUGGAAUCGGUGCAGUUUUCUUUCAAGAACAUUUCCUCGGAUUGAGUCGUAGAUUUUUUCCCAACUGUGGUAUUCUCUUCCUGGAUGAUUGCUUAGCUUUUAGUUUCAUUGCUGUUGUCUUUCAUACUUUUACAUUUGUGUUUUGUAAUUCUAUGUACAUAGUUGAAACAAUCUUAAACUAUGUUUCAGUUGCUGUUAAAAACUAGUAAAUUUUCAGAAUGUGUUUGUUUUUUUUUUGUUUUUUUUUAAAGCUAAAACAAGUGUGCAGUAAUGAAAUAUUAUAAUAGAUUUUUUUUUUUUUUUUUUUUUUUUAACCCUGCAUAUGAUUUUUUCACUACAAAAUAAUUCAGAUUUUCAGUUGUAAAAAAAAAAAAAAAAAAGUUUUGGUACUGUCCAGUGAUCCUUGUUUUAAGAACUUUUAAAAUAAAUUAAAGUCACUUCC